AGUAUUACAGCGACUAUUUACCGCAAUAGUACAUUCAGUUCAUAUAUAAGUACAUCUCGAAGCGUUUUGCACUAUCCUUCAUUGAUGUCAAAUGCAACGAAUUUUUGCUGUAACUUGUAAACAUUCUUGCAACUAACACCAAUGAUAUUGGGUACAAUUCUUGUGUUUUGUGGCAAUUAUUUUUCAAUUUUAAAUUUGGCUGCAGUGAAUAAAGACGUUUCGUAUUGAAAACAAGUGGUGAACUGUUCUAUUUGUCUGACUGAUCAUUUAUUCGUUCGAUCAAAUUUGAUUCCAAUAUAUUAAGAAAUAGAAUACGACAAUCAAAUUGAAAAAACGAAAACAAAAACGGUAAAUUUGUUGUGCUAUCGUCACAGUUGAAGUUUUAUUGUGAUUUUGUUUUGUGGUUUCUAUACGGUUUUACUUUCGUUUUCUGUGUAUGUUUUGUUCUUUACACAUUUAAAACGUUCUUUACGUAUUACAAUAAUUAAAUCGAAUUAAAAGUUCAGUUAAUAACUCUGACGCAAACAUCAACAAAUUGUUGUAAUUUAAAGACGGAAAAUAAAAUCAUUAGAUAAAAUCAUGCCAUCGAAAGCGAUCUUUCUAACACCGACAAUCACACAAAUCGAGGAAUUGCGAACAAAUUUCUUUGAGCGGCUGGAACGUGAAGGAGCUCCAUGUGAAGGCGGAUUUCAUCCAAAAGAUAUUGACCGAAUAAAAUCCACCAAUAUUUGGUUGCAGAAAUUUCUCGAGCAACAUGACUUGGAUAUGAAAGAAGCAUUAAAAAUGCUCUGGGAUACAUGCGAAUGGCGGAAAAACUACGGAGCAAAUGAUAUUUCAGAGAAAAAUAUCAACAUGGAUUACAUCCAUGAGGGAUUAAUGUUUCCACGAAAUCGUGAUAUUGACGGAAAAGUUGUGCUGGUACUUAAAUCAAAACAACACGUGCGUGGUCUUCGAGAUACGGAACAAUUGUUACGAAAUUUCAUCUACUGGAUAGAAAGAUUGAAUAAGGAAGAAAAUUAUGAUACGAUAUCGGUAUUUUUCGAUUUGGCCGGCACCGGACUAAAAAACUUGGAUUUAGAUUAUACAAAACAAUUUGUACAUCUUUUAAAAUACUACUAUCCAAACAAUUUAAACUAUAUCUUUGUAUAUGAGCUACCAUGGAUUUUAAAUGCCGCUUUUAAUAUAAUAAAAGCAUUGUUACCGGCAAAAGCGGUUGCUUCGUUGCGUUUCGUUAAUUCGAAGAAUUUAGGCGAAUACAUGACCGAAGAGAAUAUGUUGACAUGUUGGGGUGGCAAAGAUGAUUAUCAUUUCAAAUUUGAACCUUCAAAGUUGACGCACGCAAACGAAUUUGAUAGCAAUAUGAAUGGUCAAAAGGGAAUAAUUAUACCAAAAGACGAAAAUGAUAACACUACUGUCAUCAACCAUGAAAAAAAGGUAACCUUUGCGAAAACAAGUUCAGUUAGCGAAAUUCCAAUGUCGGAUCAAUCAUUUGGUAGAAAUACAGAGAACGGCGGUGGAAAUAUGUUGAAAAUAGCACCAGCCGAAAUCAUUACAUUCUCAAAAGUGGGCACCGAGCUAAUUGGAUCUGUUGACAUAUUCAACAUUGUUAAAUACCCGAUCACCUACAAGAUAAAAACAACAUCUCCUGAAAAGUUCCGUGUACGACCGAGCACUGGAAUACUUACGCCUGGUUCGGCUGUAAACAUUAGCGUUGUUCUACAAUCUGGACCAAAUGUAACUUUAUUGCUGAAUAAAGAUAAAUUUUUGGUCAUGUGCAUGGAGAUCAAUGAUUUGAAUGCAUCGCAGCAAGACAUUGCCGAUAUAUGGAAGAAUACACAAAACAAUAGCCUGUCUGUUGAACAGCACCGAUUGAAAUGCAGUCUUGGUCCGAAUGUUAAUCUAAAUGCUAGCAAUACCAUUGUGGGUGACAUGUCGAAAAAUAGCAGCAUGUUCUUAAAUAAUGGGGGCGUUAUCGAUACUGAUCGUCAAUGGUUGCACGUUUCGAAUUCGGUAUCGCAAUUGGUUGAAACAACACGCCGAUUGGAAACACGAAUCAAAUUCAAUCAGAAACUUCAAUGGAUCACCGUAUUUGUGUUCCUGCUACUAUCAAUAGCAAUUGUUUACAUACUCAAAAUUGAAAUCAAUAAUAACAGCUCCGAAUACUGUAUGAAAUCGACGCGUGGCUACAAGUGACAACCAACCAGAUAUUAAGUCGUGCGGAGUGAUUACAUGACUAUCAAUAGGUUAUAAUUCGAAUCAGUGACAUUCUUUUUUUUUUGUUUUGAAAGGAAAAGCGUAAUUCAGAAUAUUUUUCGUUUCUGUUUCGUACAAAUUAAUCGCUUCAUUCAAAUCCAUGAUGAAUGAUUGUCCCCCCUUUAGAAAUACAUCCAAACGACAUUUUCUACUAGUGAAUUCAAAAUUAUUUAUUUUCAAUAUUAGUUUGGUUUGUUCGAAAUUUUUCUUUAUGCAUUUUCGUUUUGAAUAUGAAAAAUGAAGCAUUUGAAUUUAAAAGAAAAUGAGAUGGAAAUAUUUGUUUGUUAUCAUUGUAACAAGUUUAUCUUUGUCGUUUCCAUUUGCUUCGGUACCAAUUUGGAAAGAUUUUGUAGCUGAUUCAUUGUCAGGUUUUUUUUUGUGGUAAUUUCGUUUUAUUUACUUAUAAUUAAAUAAAAUUAAGAAAAAGUGUGUGUUUAUCUGAUUGCCACUAUUGCCACUAACUUUAAUUCAUAAUUUUGAUGAAUUUGUAAGUAUAGAUUGUAUAAGAUUAAAAAAUAUGGAAAGAGAAAUGUAAAUCUGUAUAUCAAUAAAUCGAAUUCACAGUAAGUGAAUUGAAUCUUA